AUCCAAAUCCGCUGCUAUUUGAUCCGCGGGCGCGCACUAUAUCACCGGGGCUGCCUUUAUUUAUAGCUCCCUUGCUCAUGCCGAUUGGGAUCCAACAGGCGGCUUGGGGACCGGUUGCUCCGGCCACUUGGAGCCCCGGGGGUCCCUCCCUCCUUCCUUCCUUCCUUCCCUCCCUCCCCUCCAUCUCCCCUCCAUCCAUCCAUCUAUCCUUCCUCCCUCUCUCCUCCUCCUCCUCCUCCCUCUCUUCCCUCCUCCAGAGCGCUAAUCAUCUUGUUAUUUCGCGAUCACGACUCAGCGCGCGGCUCCUUCGCUCGCCUCCUCCUCGCUCCAACUCCGCCUGUUGGACGCGCUCUUUAGCUCCUGAGCCUCUCCAGACGGGGUGCCUGCCGGCUGCUUCUCCCCCCUGCGCAACAGGGCUGCAGGAGAGAGGGACCCAGAAUGGCCAGGAUUCCUGCCCCCCUUCCUCCUCUUUUUUUAAUUAUAAAAAAUUAAACCCCCUCUGAAAACCAAGAUCGCCUGUCUGGCUUUGGGAGACGCGAAGAAGUGAGAUUUCAUUUGUGGGGGGCAUUCAUUUUUGGCUCCCGACCAGCUCAGGCAGAGGAGCGGAUGAAGUUCCUUGGGCUGCCUGCUCCGGAGGGAGGCUGCCUCUUCGUGGCUGGGACCACCCGGGACCCCCUCGCGGGACACCGAGGAUCCGAGGACGGGGGUCUCUCCCUAUCGCCUCCUCCAUCACUCCUGCCCUGGGCCGCCAUCCUCCUCCUCCUCUUCUUCCAACACCGCCCAAGCUGGAUUCUGAUGGAAUUAAAAAGAUGUUCGUGUCCAGCCUCCUGGAUUUCCAGAAGACCAGAUACGCCAGGUUUAUGAACCACAGAGUGCCGCCCAACCGGAGAUACCAGCCCACAGAAUAUGAACAUGCAGCCAAUUGCGCCACACAUGCUUUCUGGAUCAUUCCCAGCAUCCUGGGGAGCUCCAUCCUCCACGUUCUUUCGGACAACCCCUGGGAGACCAUCUCUGCCUGGAUCUAUGGCUUUGGGCUAUCUGGCUUGUUCAUCGUCUCCACCAUCUUCCACACCAUCUCCUGGAAGAAGAGCCACUUGCGGACUGUGGAGCAUUGCUUGCACAUGUUUGACAGAAUGGUCAUCUACUUCUUCAUAGCUGCCUCCUACGCCCCUUGGCUGAAUCUGCGGGAGUUGGGACCCUGGGCUUCCCACAUGCGCUGGAUCAUUUGGAUCAUGGCCUCUGUCGGGACCAUCUACGUUUUCUUUUUCCAUGAACGAUACAAGUUGGUGGAGCUGGUGUGCUACGUCAUCAUGGGGUUCCUUCCUGCGGUGGUCAUUCUCUCCAUGCCCAACACGGACGGCCUUUCAGAGCUGGUGACUGGUGGCUUUUUCUACUGCUUGGGCACUGUCUUCUUCAAGAGCGACGGGCGCAUCCCCUUCGCCCAUGCCAUCUGGCACCUCUUUGUGGCGCUGGGAGCUGGCACCCACUAUUACGCCAUCUGGAGGUACCUCUAUCAGCCGGGCGAUGUCGAUGCAGAAACCUCCAGGUAGACAGGUGCCUUAAGAAGGAGGAUUUGGAGGCGCCAGGGAUUUGGGGGAGCCUUCCAACAGACUCUCGUCCUUCGGUUCGCCCUUGGGAGACGUGGACCCUGUGUUGAUUCCUCCUUCUCCUGAUGGGACAUGGUGGUCUUUAGUAUUAUUUCCUUGGCCAAACUUGCCCAAGCCCCAAGGGUUGUUUUUUUCUAUUCUUAUUUUUAUAAAUCAGUGUUUUUAGGCAAGGGUUUUGUAAUGAAGCGAACAAUUAAUGGAUAUUCUUGAAAAGGCAAGGGGAGUGGGGAGAUAAACAGGUCUCUGUCUGGAGGAACUUGGAAGUGUCUGCCCUUGUGAUCCUAAGUGUUCGUUGACACAAACUGGUAUCAAGGAAACUGAAUCGGAAGCUGACGGGAGAUUUACAUGAAUACCAGUCUGCAGAGGGCCUAUCAUAAUUGACUAGUUGCAUUCUCAUUUCCUACAAACACACAAAAAUCUGCCCCUCCCUUUCUGGCUGCAAUUGGCUUAGCUGCUGUGAUGUCACAGCAGGGACAAUCAAGGGCCAGACAGUCAAAUGCUUAGGCUAGCUUUUUGGAGGCCACAGAAUCUGAAUCUCCAACUUUUGUCUGGACAUUUCAGACAUUGAAAUGACAUCUUCAGCUGAGCCGUUUCCACAUCUUUUGAUGGAAACAGGAAUGUUUGCCUUGGCGAGUCCUGAAUGUGACGUAUGACCACAGGAAAAGGUGCGAAAGGGCCAAGAAUCUGUUGCCCAUCAGUUGCAGUCAUAAAUACCGUAUUUUUUGCUCUAUAAGACUCACUUUUUCCCUCCUAAAAAGUAAGGGGAAAUGUGUGUGCAUCUUAUGGAGCGAAUGCAGGCUGCGCAGCUAUCCCAGAAGCCAGAACAGCAAGAGGGAUCGCUGCUUUCACUGCGCAGCGAUCCCUCUUGCUGUUCUGGCUUCUGAGAUUCAGAAUAUUUUUUUUCUUGUUUUCCUCCUCCAAAAACUAGGUGCGUCUUGUGGUCUGGUGCGUCUUAUAGAGCGAAAUAUACGGUACAUUGCCUAUUGGUUCCCGCAGUGUCCUAAAAUGCUAAACUUGCUUCUAAUAGGCAGGAGAUUAAAUGAUAUGUCCUUUUGGAUUGCAUGAACGCAGGCGACAGGACCAUUUGAAAAAGCCGUCUGUACAUAGAAAACGAGUUUGUCAGGAGAAAAAGUGCUGUGCCUGGCUUUUUCCUUGACGGACUUUGUUUCUAUGUGCAGGGAUAUGGAAGAACAUUCCAUCACUGGAAGUAGCACAGCCCUGACCCGCUUCCCACCACUAUGAAAAUUAAGUCUUAGAGUUAACAUUUUACAAAAAUGAAGAAGUCAUCAUUCUAUAUAGCCUUCAUGGUCGAAGAGGUCAGGGUCUUUAGCCUAGUGGCAAGAGCACCUGAAUUCAGGUGCAGAGGGUCCAUGGCUCAGUUCUUUGGUUCAAUCUCCAGUUAGAAAAAGGAUACCAGCUGAUGGGAAGGGCAGCCAGACUGGACAAUACUGGGGCAGAAGAACUGAGCGUCCGAUGAGAUAGAAAGAAGCUUCCUUUGGUGUAGCAGGAGCGAUUUCUACAAAAGGCUGUCUGGGAUAAAAGCAGAGCUUCCCGGGACUUUAAUCCUGCAAAAAUUGAAACUGAGAAAUUGAGGUUCAGGUAGGUAGCUGUGUUGGUCUGACGUAGUCAAAAUAAAAA